AUCCUACCAUGUGUUCCUCACAGGCAGGACUACUGCCAGACAGGGGAAAAGGAGAUCACCUUCAGCUAGGAGGGAAAUCAGGACGCUCCUGGAUGUGGAAGAGAUGAGUUUUCCCUGGGAAGGAGAGGUCUGUUCUACCUGCACCUCACUGGAGUUGAAGCUUUGUGGAACUUGGUGGCUUUGCCAUUGAAGUAGAUCAGGCUGCUGGUGGUGGUCACUCAGGAGACUGAUUCUGAGUUUGAAUUUUGUGACUCCACCUAAAUUAUUCACACUUUGGCAUUGAACAGAAUGGAGGCCAGAAGUUGUUUCGGGGGAGUCUGGGGUGUUUUGGGAAUCAGAGGCUGAUUUUCCUUAGGGAAUGUCAGUGACUUUGUUUUAGCUGUUUGUAGCAAUCUUCUAAAAUGCCCUUUCCCCAAAGAAAGGAACAGAUAACACUUAUGUUUUUCCACUUUAUUUUGAAGAACUGCCAGAGAAUGGUGUAGUGAACAUUUCAUCACUCUAAAACUCCUUCUUUUACGCUUCUUUUUUUCAAACACUAUUUUUGUAAGGUUUCCUUUAACUAAACGGAUGUCUGUGCAAACCUCUCCUGUCGGUGUGACUCGGAUUGGGGCCGCAGGUGUGACAGAGAGCCCUGGGCCAGCCCGGCUCCUCCUGCGCCUUCUCCUUUCCGCCGUGCGUUUGCUUUGCCUUCCCCAGGAAAACGCGGCACGGGUGCCACCGCUCCUGCGAGCGCUCUGGGUCCUUGUCCCCGGUGUCCGUGUGCCCAUGUCCGCGGUGUCCCCGAUGUCCCCGGUGUCCGUGUGCCGGUGUCCGCGGUAUCGUUGUGUCCGUGUCCCCGGUGUCCGUGUGCCGCUGUCCGCGGUAUCGUUGUGUCCGUGUCUCCGGUGUCCGUGUGCCCAUGUCCCCGGUGUCCGCGGUAUCGUUGUGUCCGUGUCCCCGGUGUCCCCGGCCGCUCUGCGGGUCCGGGGCCGUUCCUCAGGACAGCGGCCCCGAGAUCGCAGUGCGCGCUCCCCCUUAAAGCGGCGAUGCCGCCGGCACAGCGCGGCCGCCCGGGGCUGGGCCGCGGCCCGUUUAAGGCGGGGCCGGCCGCGCGGGGUAGCGGCCAUGCUGCGGGCCCGGUGGGUGCUGCCGCUGGCGGUGGGCGCGGGGCUGGGGGCGGCCCUCGCCCGCCGGGAGCGCCGGGAGCACCGGGAGCGGGGCGAUGCGGCCGAGGGGCUGCUGGCCCGCCUGCCCGUGCUGCCCGCCGUGGCGGCGGCCAGCCUGCCCGCGCCGCCGGGCUCGGUGCGCACCGAGCUGAGCAAGUACGGGCUGCCCGGCCUGGCGCAGCUGCGGAGCCGCGAGUCCUACGUGCUGUGCUACGACCCGCGGAGCCGCAGCGCGCUCUGGGUCAUCGAGCAGCUCAACCGGGACACGCUCAGCGGCGCUUCCGACCGCGCCGCCUGCGACUUCCAGGAGGACGACUCGGUGCACGAAUAUCACCGCGCCACCAACGCCGACUACCGCGGCAGCGGCUUCGACCGCGGGCACCUGGCGGCCGCCGCCAACCACCGGUGGAGCCAGAAGGCCAUGAGGGACACGUUCUACCUGAGCAACAUCGCCCCGCAGAAUCCUCAUUUAAACCAGAAUGCCUGGAAUAACCUUGAGAAGUACUGCAGGAGCUUGGCAAAAAACAACAGGAAUGUCUACGUCUGCACAGGACCCCUCUUCCUGCCCAGGAUGGAGGCUGAUGGGAAGAUGUACGUGAAGUACCAGGUGAUUGGGAAGAACAACGUGGCUGUCCCCACCCAUUUCUUCAAAGUGCUCAUCUUGGAAAAGGAGAGUGGGGAGAUUGAGUUGCGCUCCUACGUGAUGCCCAACAGCCCUGUGGAUGAUAAAAUCCCGCUGGAACGGUUCCUGGUUCCCAUCGAGAGCAUUGAGAGAGCCUCAGGGCUUCUCUUUGUCCCAAACAUCCUCAGGAGAACAAGUAACUUGAAAGCCAUCACAGCUGGAAAGCAGUGACCCCUGACUAGAACAGAUACAGGUAACCCCUGGCAAGGGACUGGCAAUCACCUGCAGAAUUCCUUGUGCAGUUGUAAAUGUGGGAAUUCAGAUUCAAACCUGUGCUUCUCUCCACCGUUCCCCUUGUGUCUGACUGAAACACAGACACACAGCAGGGCUCCAGAGUGGUCCUGCAGGAGGCUCAGGGGCACCUGACACUGAAGUUGCUCUCUAGGAUUUGCUCCUAAUCCACUGCUGCCUUGGAGUUGUGUGAGGCUCACUCAGGCAGAAAGGGAAGUCAGCUGUUACUGUUUAGCAGGGAAGCAAGGUGGGUGCCAAGGGAGGAGAGCAGGAGUUCCUGCCUUCCUGAGCCCAAAGAACUGUACAAUUGUUUUCUUUCAGAAGAUGGUUUUAGCAGUAAAGUUUUGAACACCCAUGA